GUGCUGAGUCUCGCCAACAUGGCACCACCGCGGAUCAUUAGAACACCAUCCGAGGAGCGCGAAUUUAUCAAUAAACGUAAGGAAGCAAGGCGGGCCCGCAUACGUGCCCAGACGCAGGAACAGCGUGAAGCUGCGCGUGCCAAGCACGCUGAAAUUCAACGCCGUAGACGCCAAAACGCAGCAGUGCGGGAACGCGAGGCAGAGGCUAGGCGACAGCGCCGGCAAGACCCCGAACUUCGGGAGAAGGAAGCGGCCGAGCGUCGCGCCCGCCGUGAGGAUGCGGCAGUGCGGGAACGCGAAGCCGAGGCAAAGCGACAACGCCGACAAGACGCUACUCUUCGGGAGAAGGAGGCGGCCGAACGUCGUGCACGGCGUGAGGAUUUGGCAGUGCGGAAACGUGAAACCGAAACAAGGCGACAACGCCGACAAGACCCAGUGUUUCGGCUGCUUGAGGCCGCCGAACGUCGUGCCCGCCGUGAGGACGCAGCAGUGCGGGAGCGCGAAGCCGAGGCGAAGCGACAACGCCGACAAGACCCAGCAGUUCGGCAGCUGGAAGCGGCCAAACAUCGUGCUCGACGUGAAGAUCCGGCAGUGCGGGAACGCGAGGCCGAGGCAAGGCGUCAGCGGCGGUUGAGAGAGCACACAUCACUAUUCGGAGGGCAGUUCGGUAACCCAUUUGGAUAUACGUGCGACGUUUGCCAUUGUCUUGGUUUUAAAGCAGACCUUUCGCCUAUCCGCACUCCUCACGUGCCUCUGCUCAGUGCCGAGUUUCCAAACGAGGAUGUGCCUUCCUUUAUGCUGUGCUCCACAUGCCAGAGGGCACUGCAAAGUGGUACCGUUCCCGCACUUUCUCGAAGUAACAUUUGCUUAGAUCCGGCAGUUCCCGCUGAGUUACUUGAAGUCAACUUGGUGUGCAGAAGUGAUGAUGAAGACUCGGAGAGUGCUUUGCCCAACCUUGCCAAACAAUUCAACUCUGAACAGAAGGCUCAGGAAAGCAAGGUUGAUUGUUGCUUGCAGACAGAGGGCACUGGAAAGAUUGAUUGUUUUGUGCAGACGGAAGAUACCAUAAAGAAAACGUCUAAAGUGCCAACUGAGAAAUGCAUGAAGGUUGUUGUUGCAGUGCAGACUGAAGAAUGUCCAAGGCUACAGGAGCCACGUCACCAAUCACAAGAGGACUGACGCUGACUAGCGACCUUUAAUGUGUGACAUCUUCCAAAAGGACUUUAAUGCGGAGGAUGUCCUCGGUGCGCACCUGAGGGCUCCACACAAGAGAGAAGCCUCACGAGAGUCCAAGCUGUGGCUAGCACUUUGUUGAAGCAACCAACAUUGUGCAUCAUCAGAAGUUGCAACUAAGCGGUGGCGAAUGCUGUUGCCUGUGUAUGCCAUGUAACUAGAGUGUCACCUUCAAGGCCAACGUCACCCGGCAUGGAAUGACUCACUCAAACGAGAGGCCCCACUCCUCGGUGUGUGGCAAGAGAUUCAUGCAACACCUUAGCAUUAAGUUGCGUGAGAGAGUGGCCCAUAUGUAUGACUGCAUUGUCCUCACUGCUAGAAAGGAUGCUGUAGCAUAGUGAAAUUGACUACCCACAUCCAUAGUUUCAUGGCUGUGGUGAAGACAAUAACUCAAAUUCACAUACAGCAAGUUGUGAAGGGAUUGUGACCACAGACGUAUGACUGAACUGGGUGAAAGAAAGAAAAGGUUGGCAAGUUGAGCAACAAGUAAAAGAAAGAGACGUGAGGGGAGCGAGUGCACCUGGACCAUACAAAUGUGGAACUUCCAACACCGAGGGAGGACAGCUGGUGUGGAUAACAAUCCAAGUCGUGUGGCAGGAAGAGCAUCAGUGGGAAUAAUUUAUUACCUAUUGUUAAUAUAUUGCAGUACCAAGAAAUUGCAGUGAGAAAACAGCAUUAAACCAAGGCACAGAGUGGGAAGACACAGCAGUAUAUGCUAAACUUGAAUAUAGUAAGAAAAUAAAUGCUUGCAUAGAGAGAUACCAAAUUCAAAUCUGAAAACCUUGAGAUAUCUUGGCCAACAACAGCAUGUGAAGUAUGGACAUGUGCCAGAGGUAUAUGCCCAUGCAACUGCUGCUUCAGAAAAUAGUAUGCAUUAUGAAAAUUUUAGAUGAAAUUGUUUUGUCAAAAGUCAUUGUAAUGUGAUUCAUGCUUAUGCACUGUGCUUGUUCUUUUGUCAAGUGCUCCUGGUGAUAUCUUCGAAUUUUUCAUGAAUAAAAGUAUUGUUGUGUUAGUAAA